AUAGAAGAUGGUUGAGAUAGAGAGGAAGUAGGGAAGAGCAUAGAGAGAAAGAGAGAAAGAUAGAAAAGGAAAAGAGUGAUCCGAAGAGAAGUUGCUUUUAGCGGUGUGGGAGUCACGAGAGCAGCGAGGAAGUCACAAGAGUCACAAGAAAAGGGAGAAGCGUUGAAGGGAGAAAGAAUGGAGACAGAUAGUGGGAGGCUGAGCAGGAAGAAAAGUGGUGGAAACGGACAGGUUCUAGACGGUUCCAAUAUUAUGGAGUUGGUUGGAAACGACCAGGUUUUCACCACCUUCGUCGACAAUAAGUUCCACGAGUUAGACACAGACAGAGAUGGCAAACUCUCUGUGAAAGAGCUCCAACCUGCUGUUGCUGACAUAGGUGCUGCUCUCGGCCUUCCUCCUCACGGCACCAAUCCUGAUUCUGAUCACAUAUAUUCCGAGGUGUUGAAUGAAUUCACUCAUGGGAAGCAGGAAAAAGUGAGCAAAACUGAGUUCAAAGAGGUUCUCUCUGAUAUUCUCUUGGGUAUGGCUGCUGGACUGAAGCGUGACCCAAUUGUGAUACUUCGCAUUGAUGGAGAAGAUCUUCUGGAAUUUGUUAAUGGUUCGGCUUAUGAAGCAGAAAUGGCGUUUAUAUUCUCUCAUAUUGAAUCCCCUAACAGAUCACUGCAUGACCAUGUAAUUGAAGCUCUUGGCAAGCUCACUGUGGAACAAGGAAUUCCUCCUACAGCAGAUUCUUGGGUUUUAAGCAACAUUGUAGAACCGGCACUGCUAUCUCUAGAUAGAUCUGGUUUGGACAAGCCUGUUUCUCAGGAGACAUUUUUGGAGGAAUUUAAGGUAGUGGCAUUGGCUGUGGCGAAUCGUCUUAAGGAGCAACCAGUCAUAGUUGCUCACAGUGAGAACAUCUUUGAUGGAAGUGGUGUUAAGAGACUACUAUCCAACAAGUUUGAAUUAGACAAGACUUUGAACUCAGCUUUAGAGACUUUGCCUAAAGAUCGAAAUGGAAAGAUGUCAAAAGAGUAUCUACGAGUGGCACUGGACGCGCUGGCUCCAUCUGCUGGUUUACCUCCCCUUGGUGCCAUUGAAGAGAUGGAUAAGGUUAUUGAUGAAGUGUUUAAGAUGGUGAAUGCAGAUGAAGCGAAGAUGGUGAAAGAAGAGGAGUUCAAGAAAGUUUUAACUGAAAUACUGGGGAGCAUUAUGUUGCAGUUGGAGGGAAGUCCCAUAUCGGUUUCUUCAAAUUCAGUAGUGCACGAGCCUCUAGACUCAUCUUCUACACUUCUUCAGCCAUCCUCUAGUGAAACUGCACCCUAGCUGUACACUUGGAGUUGGAAACCUGCAUUGCAUUGUUCUGGCAGAUCCUUUGAGAAAGAAGUAUUAUCAUAAACAUCAUGUUCUCCCUCAAGCCAAAUCAAAUCCACCUUUGGAAGGUUCAUAGACACAAUAUAAUACACCAUGCAUGCCAAGAAAGGCCCAAGCCAGAAAACCCAGUGCCCAUGCCAGAGUGGUCCUCCAUGAAGCAAUGCCGGGCCUAAGCAUCUUGCUGGGUUGAGGCCCACACCAGCAUAACCGGCCCGCCCAGUUACAGUUAGGGACACAAACACUGCCAAUGCCAUGGAUCCUGCCACCACCAAACACACCAUUGGCAAGCCCAACUCCCUAGACCUUUUCUUGUCAAAUGCCAAUGUGACUCCCACAAAGAGUACCACAAAUGUGCAUGUGAAUUCCACUAGCAAAGCAUUCUGUGGCUUAACCCCAAAACUCACUCCUUGGCCAUCAAUGGCACAACCUCCCAAGGAAUAUGUGUAGGCUAAUUUAGGGUCUAUGACGCACUUUAGUAUAAAGAAACCGAUUAUCGAGCCAAUGAUUUGUGCUAAGACGUAAAUGAGAGCACGGGUGAGAGUGACAACACCCUUCAAAGCACCAAUGAAUGUGAAAACGGGACUCAUGUGGCCCCCAGAGAGAGGAACUGUCACAACUAGGAACAAAAAGGCUAUGAUGAAAACUGCAAAGGGAACAAGAAGCUUAGGAUCAGUCUCAUGUGAGUCCAAGCAUGCAACAAUGGAAGUGGUCAAGGUGAACAUCAGAGAUGCAGUUGCCGUUAAUUCUGUUAAAGCUGCUUUCCACAUCUGAAACAAGGAAACUAAGUUUUUAUUCUUGUUAACAACAAAUUACUUUCUGAUUCACCUAUGUUGUUACUGUGUGUUCAUGUAAUCAACUAUACAAUUUAUAAACUCAUUUUCAAAGUAAUUUACUGUCUUAUCAUACUGGCUAAA